GACGACAAUAGCAGGUUCACUCUGUAGUCAAAAUGGCUUCCAAGAUUGCACGAGCGGCGAAUAUACUCUCUAAACUUUCUUCAAAACCAGCAGUUUUACCAGCCUCUGCUAUCAAUUGUCGAAGAUUCCGAAGCACUCAAGCAUCUUACCAACAGACAUUAGUAAAUGUCCCAGAGACAAAGGUUACCACUUUAGACAAUGGGUUCCGUGUAGCAACCGAAGAUAAUGGCACAUCAACUUGCACGGUUGGAUUGUGGAUUGAUGCGGGAAGUCGCUAUGAAAAUGCAAAAAAUAAUGGUGUUGCUCACUUCUUAGAACAUAUGGCAUUCAAGGGCACCAAGAACAGGUCACAGAUGAACUUAGAGUUGGAAAUAGAAAACAUGGGUGCACAUCUAAACGCGUAUACAUCAAGGGAACAAACAGUUUACUAUGCUAAGUGUUUCUCAAAAGAUUUACCAAAUGCUGUUGAAAUCCUAUCAGACAUUAUCCAGAAUAGUACCCUUGGCGAAUCAGAGAUUGAAAGAGAACGCGGCGUCAUCCUCCGAGAAAUGCAGGAGGUAGAGACUAAUCUUCAGGAAGUGAUCUUUGAUCAUCUUCACGCCACAGCUUACCAAGGUACCGCUCUCGGAAGAACUAUCUUGGGACCCACAGAAAAUAUCAAAACAAUCACCAGGCAAGAUCUACAGGAUUACAUUAGCACUCAUUACAAAGCACCGAGAAUUGUCCUUGCUGGAGCUGGAGGGGUGGAUCAUGACACUCUGGUCAACCUCGCAAGUAAACAUUUUGGAGGCCUAGGAACUGAAUAUGAAAAUGAAAUACCUCAACUGGCACCAUGUCCAUUUACUGGCAGUGAUAUCCGUGUACGAGAUGACAAUAUGCCGCUAGCUCAUAUCGCAAUUGCCGUUGAAAGUGUUGGGUGGUCACACCCAGACACGAUACCCCUUAUGGUAGCAAACACUUUGAUUGGUAGCUGGGAUCGAUCUUUUGGUGGUGGAAAUAAUACCUCAAAUAGACUAGCUCAAGCUUGUUUUGAAGGAAGUCUAGCUCACUCUUUUCAGUCCUUCAAUACUUGCUAUACUGACACAGGACUAUGGGGUAUGUACGCCAUAGCUGACCCAAUGAAGAUUGAGGAUCUGAUGUUCCACAUCCAAGGGGAGUGGAUGCGCAUGUGUACCAGCGUUACAGAAAGCGAGUGCGAACGAGCCAAGAAAAAUUUUAUGUUAGCGCGAAUAAUUGACUAUAUUGAGGUGUUUUUCGGCCUUUUAGGUUCAACUCCAAUCUGUGAAGAUAUCGGACGUCAGAUGCUUUGUUAUGGUCGACGUAUCCCUCUGCCGGAAUUAGAUGCCCGCAUUGAUGCCGUAAAUGCCAAGGUACUCCGAGACGUCUGUUCAAGGCACAUAUAUGACAAGUGUCCAGCUGUCGCAGGAGUUGGCCCAGUUGAGCAACUUCCUGAUUACAACAAUUUACGAUCAGCCAUGUACUGGGUACGAUUCUAAUUUAGACGACUUAAAAGACACUUAUAAGAAAAGAAGGACUGAGGGAACACCUACUGGAUCCAAUAUAGCAUUGGCGUGAUGAAUACUCCAGUGGUGAUCCAAUCGCGAAAUUCGUAAUAUUUAUACAAAUAUAUGAUUAAAAAAUUUAGAAUGUUUAAUAAAAAGUCUUUAUUGCUGUGUCAAAGAAAUAAUAUCAGACAAAUAAAAUUGUUGAAAUCAAUCAACCUGGGUUGUUCUCUUAUACUCUAAAUGUAAUGUGUUGAGUUUAUUCUAUUAUUGGUAUUAUGUAGGAUAUCUUUCAGAUAAGUGGUGAAAAAAGGGAUUUAUAUAAAUGUCUGAUGAAAGACUGUAUAUGCCAGCGUUGAACCUAAGGAUCUAAUAAUAUAAUUCAAUUUCUGGAUGUUUCUUCCACUUCAAAUACCUGAUGGUCUCUAUGUAAAAAAUAGAAUAAUGGUGACUCCAAAAAUAGUUGAAGAAAAAAGAUGAAAAGAUGGUCAAUUUUUGGAGUUGUCUUUAUUUUACUUGUACUAAAACAGCACAUUCUAAUGUCUUUCUUAGAUUAUAUAAAUACGAAUCUACAACUGGGCUGAAUUGGUUAUAAUAUAUUUCAUAGUUUUAAAAUGAAAUAUCUUCUUUAUGUUACGUCGUCUUUGUGCCCUUUAAUAACCCUUGCGUUCACUUCCAUUUUGUUAACAAAUUCUCUUAAAGACACAGUAACUCCCACUUAAUGAAAUUGCGCCCUCAUCGUUAAAUCGUAUCGCUGAUUCAUAACCACAGGAAAUCCGUGAUGUUGCAAUGUUUCUAUGGAGAUGUAAAUUGUGAUUAAUGAGGGCUCAAACGUUAACAGUUGAUGACUGCUAUUGCAUUGUUAUUAGUUGCAGUUGAUGAGAUGUUCAGAGUUUUCUGGAACUUGAAAUAAAGUAUACCACACACAAAGUA